AUGGCUGCCAAGAAGAGAAAUACAUUGAGAAAUAAAGCUGCUGCUAGAUUAGGAAAUACUUCUAAAGUUGAUGAAGUAGAGCCUAUUGCAGAAUUAGCAGAAGAUCCAAAAGCAUUUUUACAUCAAUUUAAAGAAACUAAAAAGGAAAAACAUAAUAAUAAACAGAAUGAUUUCCUUAGUAAAAUUAAAAAAAGUUCAGGAAGUUUGAACCCUGAAUUCGAAGGUAUAUCUAAAUCAUCAGUUAGACGUAGGAAGAGAAAGAUGAGGGACAAUUUAAAACCAAGACUUGAUGAUCUGUUGACAUCUUUGCAAAAAGAUGAUGAUCUGAAUCAAUUCACUAGAGAAGAGUCAGGUUUGAACAUUACAAAUGAUAAUAUUAGUACUGACCAAAAUCCGUUUGGUCCUUCUUCAGUUAACCCACCAGCAAGAAUUCAAGUAACUAAAAUAGUUGAACGUGUUGAACCAGGUUCUGUAAAGAUAAAAAAAAAUGAACCAAAUAUUAGAAAUAAAAAAGGUGCAAAAUUGUUGGCCUCUAGAGAAAGAGAAAGAUUUAAUGAAGUUAUUUCAAAUCAAGUAUUUAAGCAAAAUUCCUUUAGUGCCCUCAGGGAUAUUAUUAAGAUGCAAAAAAAAUAG